UAUGUGCUGUCACCAAAGGGUCUAUUUUAAAAUGGCUUGUAAUGGCUUAUCCCUUUUUUGACUGGCGACUGAUUUAAAUUCUGCUGCAUAUUUUUCUUAGAACAUGCUUGAGGCCACUAUGAGUCAACUGCUGGAGAGGAAAAGUGAAGCAGCGCAUGCUAUCAAGGACUUGGAGAUGCUGUACACACAGACAAUGGUACAAUGGUACAAUGCAUGCAACGUUGAAGACAAAAGACCAACCCCCUGAUUCCACACGGCCCAAAUCAUCACUGUCGUUGUUUUGUUGUUUGUUUGUUUGUAUGUUUGUUUGUCAGGAUUCGGCUGCAGAUUUCCGGGAGAGAAUCUCGGACAAGUACGGCAGGAUCCGAGCCGUCUUGGACGGAGACGAGCGACUCAUGAUGCAGAUCAUCGACGCGGAGGAGAGAUACACCACGGAGUGGCUGGAGACGCAGAGGGUCGCCAUGGAGACCCUGAUCCAAGAGGCCGACGGCCUCCGGGCCCAGAGCAGACAGCUGCUGCAGGAAACCAACAACCUGACCUUUCUACAGGUGGACCAUAACUCCUGGAACAUCUGUUUUCGAGCUUAUUGUACCAUGCUUUUUUCAUCGGGAUCUUCCACUGAUCUUCCACUGCCGAGCUAAUGACAAAACGUUUUCUGCUUGUUUUUAACAGCAGAUCACAGCACAAGCUCUAGGGUGAGUGUAUUUCGUUCAGGCUUCUCUCUCCAUCACCUCAACCCUGCAACUUUUGUUUACAGCUCAUCGGAUUGUCACUGAUGUAUAUGGUGUAUCUUGUCGUCGUAGCAACCCUCUGGAUCUGCCACCCAUCCAGGGCGUGGACGGAUACCUGUGUGACCCCCAGAGGAUGAGGACGGCGGAGAGGCUGGUUGACGACCUCUCGGUGGCUCUGUCCCCACACUUCCCUCGCUUGUGGUCCCGUUAGUAUCGCCCUCAAAUCCCGAUCACCGCUCCAUGUCCCCUGGCUCACCUGUGUACACCCGCCCAUAGCGGCGGUGGUGUCAGCAUUUGUCUCAUCUGCAGGUCUGUGUUCCCCCUCUUUGGACGUGGAGACGGCCCAUCCCAGACUGGAGGUGUCCCAGGACAGGAAACAGGUGUUCUGGCGCAGACAACCUCCCCAUGAGACCCAGAAUGCUCUCACGCCUUACGACUGCAUGUACAGCGUGUUGGCCCAGGAGGGAUUCACAGCCGGCCGGCACUACUGGGAGGUCAUCGUCCAGGACAAACCCUAUUGGCUGAUUGGUGCGACCACGGGGCCGGCCAGUAAGCAGGACGAGGCCUCCCUCGCGGGUGUGAAGGGAGACACGUUGUCAUGGUGCAUCUACCACGGAGACGGGAAGUACCUGUCGUGCCACGAUAACCUUGAAAAGCCGCUGUCGAUUCCAGGGAAGACGCUCCGAAAGCUGGGCGUUUUGGCCGACCUCCAGCAGGGGGAGCUGUCCUUCUACGAUGCCGACAUGCUGGCUCUGCUGGAGAGUUACCGCGUGGAGGGCACAGAGGCGCUCUUCCCCGUGUUCAAUCCUUGUAUCAACGUGAACGGGGUCAACCGCCAGCCCCUCAGCCUGUUUUGCCUCGGAGACGCCAGUGACCGGAACGUAUACGCAGGUGAGAAUGAAGGCUGAGGAACUUGUUCAAUGUGACCGUUUAGGAUGUUAUAAGGGGUGGUUCAACUACCACCAUUUUAAUCGACAACACUGAGACAACACUAAGUCCUAUUGAUCUAUUCACCAUGCUCUGUAGACCAAUUGCAUGUUCAUAGGUUACUUGAUACCCUAUUGUUCAUUGUGUGUCACUGAAAUGUUCUAUGUUGCAAAUGUCUGACUUCUAUUGUUGUUGUAUUUACAACUUUAAGAUGGCUUUUAUUAAACAAAACAUGUUUACCUCAAAAAUAGACGCUGGUUCUUUUCUCAGGGAAGGUUUAUUUCAAAAUGCAACUCUUUAUAUCCCAUUUAUAUUUUGUGCUGAGUGAAGUCAAUUCACCUGACACCUUUCCAUAGACCCACUGGCUUAUAGAAGUGUCUUAUCAGGGUUCUUUACAUUCAAACACACACAACCACAAGGCCUUUAGAAACAAAAUACAAAAUA